UUUUCUUUUUUUUACUGUUGUGUUGAAAGUAUAUCGUUCAAACGAUGGGUUCUGAUGUUAUUGAUCCUUUGGAAUUAUUGACGGAUAAAGUCGGACGGCAGCCAAGAUUUUUAAGUUCGGUGUACAAUCCGGUUGCCUGUGCUGCGGCCGGUUUUGGUUUGGCGGCUUUUCUUAAUUGGGGUUUUCGUAGGCCAGCUUUCAGCGGCAUUCAAAAGCAUAUCGCCUUUGCUAUAGCUGGCGGAGUAUUCGGCAUAUAUAUAGACAAGAAACGCGAUGAAUACUUAGCUACCCGUGAUGCUAUACUCCGGCACUAUGUGCAGCUUCAUCCCGAUGAUUUUCCUCCAAUACAGCGUAAAAAGUAUGCUGAUGUGCUCGAGAGAUGGGUGCCUAUACGUUAAGAGAUCGAUAAAUCAAUAAAAAAAA